AUGAGCUCGGAUGAGGACGAGGUUGUUCGGAAGCCUCGCAAUGAUGAUAUGCGCAAGAGGGCGCUCAGGAAUGGGAAUGCGGGCAAGAAGAAGAAAGUGGUGAAGAAGAAGAAGAAGCUUGCGAACGAGAACUUGCAAGGUGCCAGCGGUGGUUACGCAUGGGAAGAUGAGAUCAAGAGAAGUUGGGAUCUUGUGGCAGUGGAGGACGAAGGGGAUAUGGCCACGCUUGUGGCCAGUAUAGUCGAGGCUCGAAAGAAACGUGCUGCCAAGAGUGACGUAACACCUUAUCAGCGUGGUAUUAUAAGAACAUUGAUUCUGACUAUCGAUAGCAGUGAGGCCAUGUUAGAGAAGGACCUGAGGCCGAAUAGACACGCCAUGAUCAUCCAGCAAGCCAUUGAUUUCGUCCACGAGUUCUUCGAUCAGAACCCUAUCUCCCAGAUGGGUAUAGUAACUAUGCGUAACGGUCUGGCACAGCUGGUAAGCCAAGUGAGCGGUAAUCCACAGGAUCACAUAGACGCACUGAAAUCAAUAAGAAAGCAGGAACCAAAGGGCAACCCCUCUUUGCAAAAUGCUCUGGAAAUGGCUAGAGGUCUAUUGCUGCCUGUACCUGCACAUUGUACCAGAGAAGUUCUUAUAGUGUUUGGAAGUUUAUCAAGUAAUGACCCAGGUGAUAUCCAUCAAACCAUCGCAUCGUUAGUCCAAGAACAAAUCAGAGUCAAAGUACUGGGUCUUUCAGCGGAAGUUGCCAUCUGUAAAGAACUCUGUAAACAAACAAACAUGGGAGAUACAUCCUUUUACCAGGUGCUAUUGGAUGAAACGCAUUUAAAAAAGCUAUUCGAUGAGGCAGUUACACCUUUACCGGUGAAUAAAAUAAACAGAGGAUUCACACUGGUGAAAAUGGGGUUCCCUACUAGGAUAUUUGAAGAACAACCCACCUUCUGUGCUUGCCAUGCUAAGCUAAUAUACGGAGGUUACUUCUGUCCAAAUUGUAAUAGUAAAGUAUGCUCGCUGCCUACUGUAUGUCCAUGUUGUGAUCUGAUGCUGAUCUUAUCUACACACUUAGCGCGGUCUUUCCAUCACUUAAUGCCUUUGAAGACAUUUGUUGAAGUUCCAGCUGCAGAGAGUUUCCCAACCGAGAAUUGUUACAGUUGUCAAAUGAAAUUCCCAAUUAUUAAAAGUCAGAAAUCAAAUCAGAUGCUGACAAGUUCUAGGUAUAGAUGCGAGGAAUGUAAAAACGACUAUUGUAUUGAUUGUGAUGUAUUUAUUCAUGAAAGUUUGCAUACGUGCCCUGGGUGUGAAUCUAAGGCUACUAUUAUAUAG